AUGAGCCACACCGCUGCCGCGUCCGAUCUCUUGCCGCACGUCCAUGCGCUGCUGCUCUCGCUUGGCCUGAAGAAGGCGGCGAAGGCCCUCCAGGCUGAGGCCAACAAGGACUUUUCGAAGACCAAGCCCACCGUAGACCUUGUGGCCCUCUACAAGACGCACUUGGACACCAAGAAGGCGGCGCCUGCCAAGAAGGCCACGUCGUCCGAGUCCUCGACCGACUCGUCGUCCUCGGAAGACGAAGCGCCGGCUAAGAAGUCGCCCGUCAAGAAGUCGCCUCCUGCCGCCAAGAAGUCGCCUGUCAAGAAGGCGGCGCCUGCCAAGAAGGCUGAGUCGUCGUCUUCGGACUCGUCGUCGUCCUCGGAAGACGAGAAGCCUGCCGCCAAGAAGUCGCCCGUCAAGAAGGCGGCGCCCGCCAAGAAGGCUGAGUCGUCGUCCUCGGACUCGUCGUCGUCCUCGGAAGACGAGAAGCCUGCCGCCAAGAAGGCCCCCGUCAAGAAGGCCGCGCCCGCCAAGAAGGCCGAAUCGUCCUCGGACUCUUCGUCGUCGUCCUCGGAAGACGAGGCUCCUGCGCCCAAGCGCAAGGCGCCUGCGCCGAGCAAGAAAGCUCAGCCGGUGGCCAAGAAGGCCAAGGUCGAGUCGGACUCGGACUCGUCGUCGUCGUCGUCCUCUGAUUCGUCGUCGUCGUCCGACUCGGAUUCGGACUCGUCAUCGGAAUCGGAAAACGAAGAUGAGAUUGAAAAAGAGAAGGCGCGUCGCGCGCAGGCGGCGGCGGCGGCAGCCGCAUGGACGCCCAAGAAGAUGGACGCGCCCAAGAACGUGGCGCAGGCGAAGGAGAAGGGCGUGCCGUUCAAGCGCGUCGACGGUGAGUACUGGAGCGAGCAGAUCAUUGACGACACGCUCCGCGACAACUCGUACGCUGCGACGUUUGGCGACGCUGGCGUCGGUAGCAAGGCCAACAACAUCUUGAUCCAGGUCCGCGGCAAGGACUUUACGCGCGAGAAGAACAAGAAGAAGCGCUCGACGUACCUCUGCGGCGCCAUCGACAUGAAGUCCAACUCGUUCAAGUACGCGGACGAGUAA